CAAAGAAGAGAAGCAAUCUAAAGCCUUGCCUCUAUCAACCCGUUGCGUUCCACAGCCGUGCCUGAACCAAUCGUGCAUGACGCUACUUUAAACCAGCUUGUCUUCAGCUACCGAACCUCAAGACCCAUACGCACGUCACCAACAGGAUACCUCUAUCCGUACUCCGAACCUCUAGCUCAUCUCACAGCUCCGCUGCCUCAUUCUCCGACAGACACAACUUCCCAACUCCAUCCCCGUACGAACUCGAUUCGAAUAUUCAACGUAUCAGGCUGGUCCUGUACACCCCGCAGUCUAUCAAACAUAUCAAUCCGAGCCCUCGACCAGAACAUUAUUGAAGUCACCACCACAACCAGAACCAUGGCAAACGGAUGGAGUCUCAUCAUUGGCCUCGUGGUCGUCGUCCUUGCAGCCCUAGCAGCAUGGAUCUUUAGUCCUAAGGGGGAGAACCAGACGUUGUGGCGAAGCACAUUGAUCCUAUCGCUUGCGUCGUGUUAUUUGAUGUGGGCUAUUACGUUCCUUGCGCAGUGGCAUCCGCUUAUUGUGCCGAAGAGGGCGGAUAUUCGGCCUGAUCGCGUACCGCAUUAGUUCUACCAGUUGGUUGAUUGUUGGUGGUGGGGGGUUGAUUGAGUGACUGGGGCGGAGGGCACUGGGAGGGAGUGGCUGUAUAGUGGCCUAUGUUUUUAUAUGCGGGGCACAAAUUACUCGACUGGUUACACGGCUGGUUGCUUUAGCGC